AUGCCAAUCGCUCUGGAUACCCUUCGCAGCGCUGCAGGCAUCCGUAUUGCCAUCGACAGAGGUGGCACCUUCUGCGAUGUAUAUGCGACCUUUGCCCAUCAUCCGCCCGUCAUCCUUAAGGUUUUAUCGGUGGAUACGGCCUACCCGGACGCACCUACGGAGGCUAUCCGACGUGUCCUGGAGAUUGGUUAUGGCACCAAUAUACCAAGGGGGGAGCUUCUUGAUUUGUCGGGUGUAGAGGUCAUAAGGAUGGGGACGACAGUCGCGACAAAUGCUUUACUCGAACGCAAGGGAGAGAAGACUGCUUUCCUUGUCUCGGAAGGCUUUCGGGACCUUCUGCACAUUGGCAAUCAAAGCCGCCCAGAUUUGUUCGAUCUCGCAGCCAAACGGCCUGGGAUGCUGUACGAGAAAGUCGUUGAAGUCAAAGAGAGAGUCUUGCUCGCCGACGCGUACCAACUGGAAGGACUUCCAAUCGUCUUAGGCACAAGCGGAGAAAAGAUUCAGGUUGAACAUGUCCCCGACGCCGGCGAAUGCCGUAAACACCUCAAGAGCCUCUACGAUGACGGUUUUCGCUCCCUGGCCAUCUCUUUCCUUCACUCUUACACGUAUCCUAAGCAUGAGCUUCUGGUCGCUGACAUUGCCAGAGAGGUUGGGUUUACGCACGUAUCUCUAUCAUCCCAGCUGUCGCCAAUGAUUCGUAUCGUUUCUCGUGCGAACUCGGCAACGGCAGACGCCUAUCUCACGCCAGAGCUUCAAAAAUAUCUGCAAGGUUUCCAAAAGAGUUUCAAGAAUCUUCGACCUAGGAUGCUUCAAUUUAUGCAGAGCGACGGAGGACUGGUCAAUGCAGAGUCAUUCUCUGGAUUACGCGCAAUUCUCAGCGGUCCUGCCGGUGGGGUCGUUGGUAUCGCAAAGACCUGUUGGGAUGAGAAACUGAAAGUACCGUUGAUCGGGUUUGACAUGGGUGGUACGUCCACGGAUGUGUCACGUUUCGAUGGGAGGUUUGAGUACCUUAUGGAGUCGACAACGGCUGGCGUUACCAUCCAAAGUCCACAACUCGAUAUCAACACUGUGGCUGCUGGUGGAGGAUCACUUCUCCUUUGGCAGAACGGGCUCUUGAAAGUGGGUCCCCGGUCCGCCGGUGCCUCUCCCGGCCCCGCGUGUUAUCGCAAGGGAGGCCCACUCACCACAACGGAUGCGAAUGUAUUUUUAGGUCGACUUCUUCCGGCUCAUUUUCCCAAGAUAUUCGGACUGAAUGAAAAUCAGCCCCUUGAUGCUGAUGUUGUCCGGGAGAUGUUCGCCACCCUCGCCAAACAAAUCUCAAAGGAAACCGGAGUAGAGAAAACUCCAGAAGAGAUUGCUCUUGGGUUUCUGACAGUUGCAACGGAAGCCAUGUGUCUGCCUAUUCGAGCUAUCAGCGAAGCGAGAGGGUAUGAUCCAUCUAGCCAUCACUUAGCGGUAUUUGGCGGUGCGGGAGGGCAGUCAGCUUGCGAUGUUGCUGCGGCGCUGGAUAUGAGCCGCAUUCUCAUCCACAAGUCGUCAGCUAUCCUUUCUGCGUUUGGACUGGCGAAAGCCGAGUUAGUGGAUGAGAGUCAAGAAUCAUUUUCUAUCAUUGCUGAUGAUUCGAGUGCCGAUCUUCUGCGCUCCCGUCUAGCUGUACUUCGAGUCAGAUCCGAAGGGCGCUUGAUUGCGCAAGGGUUCACCAAGUCCCAGCUUUCAUCCACGUCGUACUUGAAUAUGCGCUAUGAUGGUUCCGAUGCCACCCUGAUGAUCACCGUGGACCCGUCCAACGACUUUGUCCAAGUAUUUAAGGACAAGCAUCAGCAAGAAUUUGGGUUUUCUCUUGAGGGACGGAGUGUUUGGGUCGAUGAUCUUCGGGUACGCGUCAGUGGCGUCCAAGACGACGGUCGCGAUGCGUCGCGCGGGACUCUGUCUGAGCAAAUCACCCACUUAAAGUUGGCACCUCUCACUCCAACGCCGUUCGAGAAGUCGAAGGUGUACUUUGGGUCAACUGGCUGGACAGACGCUGGCGUCUAUAAGCUCGACCAAAUAAUGCCUGGUUCGGUUAUCAAAGGGCCGGCGAUAAUCAUUGACGCCACACAGACGAUAGUCGCUACGCCAAACGCAGUUGCUAUGGUGCUGGAUGAUCACAUCGUGGUGGAUAUCGGCCCUAUAAAUGUCGAUUCGAAAAGCAAGACGGAUGAUCCGCUGAGAAUUGAUCCUAUUCGCUUAUCAGUAUUUGGGCAUCGAUUUAUGUCAAUAGCGGAGCAGAUGGGAAGGACGUUACAGAAGACAAGCGUCAGCGUGAAUAUCAAGGAGAGACUUGAUUUUUCGUGUGCGCUCUUUGACCCUGAUGGGAGGCUGGUAGCUAAUGCACCUCAUGUACCAGCUAUGCUGGGUAGCAUGCAAUUUGCAGUUCGCUGGCAGCACGAACACUGGAAGGGAAGACUUCAUGACGGUGAUGUUAUUCUUAGCAACUCAGCUGUCAGUGGUGGGGUGCAUCUUCCUGAUAUUACAAUCGUUACCCCCGUAUUCGACGAUAGCGGAAGAGAAAUCAUUUUCUAUGUUGCUUCUCGAGGACACCAUGCUGAUGUUGGAGGGCAAACUCCAGGUUCCAUGCCGCCGUUCUCGAAGAUGAUAUACGAUGAGGGAGCAUCCAUUCUAACGUUCAAGGUCAUCAGCGCGGGGAAGUAUAACGAAGAUGAGCUUAUACAGCUCCUGGUGGAGGAGCCAUUGAAGUAUCCAGGUGGGAAAGGGACACGGACGCUGAAGGACAACUUGAGCGAUAUCAACGCCCAGAUCGCUGCGACUUAUAAGGGCGUUGGUCUGGUGAAGAACCUGGUGUCAAAGUAUACGUUACCGGUGGUACAGAUGUAUAUGUAUGCGAUUCAGGAGACAGCUGAAGAAGCCGUUCGGCAACUUUUGCGAAAGUUCAGCAAGAAGCACAGCGGUAAAGCGCUGGUUGCUCUUGAUCGCAUGGAUGAUGGAUCACCCAUAGCACUGCGAAUUGACAUCGAUAGGGAGAGUGGCUCAGCGACUUUUGACUUCACGGGCACCGGUCCGGAGGUGUAUGGGAAUUGGAACGCGCCGAGAGCGAUAGUGAAUUCGUCAAUCAUUUACGCGUUGCGAUGUUUGUUGGAGAGUGAUAUUCCGUUGAACCAGGGGUGUAUGACCCCAAUCAAUGUGAUCAUACCAGAUGGAUGUUUCCUGAAACCAAGCGCAGACGCCGCGGUUUGUGCGGGAAAUGUACUCACUAGUCAACGACUUACUGACGUCGUACUCCGGGCCUUCGAAGCAUGCGCAGCCUCGCAAGGCUGCAUGAACAAUCUUACCUUUGGAUACGACGAAGAAGUUACGGCCUCUGGAGAGAAGAAGUCGUUUGGUUUCUAUGAGACGAUAGCGGGUGGCGGUGGUGCGGGUCCAGGAUGGCACGGGACUUCUGGUGUUCACACACAUAUGACAAACACACGAAUCACUGAUCCUGAAAUUAUGGAGCGGAGAUACCCCGUCAUCCUUCGACAAUUCUCCUUGCGCCCCGACUCAGGUGGAAAGGGCCAAUAUCGUGGCGGGGAUGGUGUUGUACGAGAUAUUGAAUUCCGUCGCCCCGUACAGUGCAGUAUCUUGAGUGAGCGGAGGGUUUAUCAUCCCUAUGGAUUAAUGGGAGGUGGCCCGGGUGAGCUGGGAGUAAAUCUGUGGAUAUCGAAGGAUGCUCAGGGGAGGGAGAGGACCCUAUCUAUCGGCGGUAAGAACACAGUCCCAAUGGCCAAAGGAGAUCGCAUAGUUAUUAUGACUCCCGGCGGGGGCGGGUAUGGAACGUCAGAUGUAUAA